AUGAAGGCCUAUGAUAGGGUUGAUUGGGAGGCUUUAGGUCUUGUUCUUCUCAAGUUAGGUUUCUCUGAGGCUUGGGUUAAAUGGAUCAAUGCUUGCAUUUCUUCUACAAGAUUCUUGGUUUUAAUCAAUGGUUCUCCUUGUGGUUUUUACUCUUCUUCCAGAGGACUGAGACAGGGGGAUCCUCUGUCCCCUUUCCUGUUUAUAGUCUUAGCUGAGUCCUUUAGCUGGGCAAUUAAGGCUGCAAAGUUAAAAGGACUAUGGAAGGGGAUUGUGAUCCUUGGGUUUCCCAUCUCUAUCUCACAUUGUUUAUUUGCAGAUGAUACUAUUCUUUUUGGUCAGGCUUCCUUGAGGGAGGCAAAUACUAUAAAUGGAAUUAUUCAAAAGUAUGCAACUUUUUCAAGGCAAAAAGUGAAUAUUGAGAAGUCAAAAAUAUUCUUCCUUAAUACAUCACAGUUAGUUCAACAGAGAUUGCAGUCCUUUUGGAGUUUUGAACCUAGUAUUCUUCCUUUCCCUAUUUACCUUAUGUCAGUUUUAAAAGCCCCUAAAUCGGUGAUUGUGAGCUUGCAGGACACUCUUAGGUCCUUUCUCUGGAGUAGUAAUAAAGAUGGGAGGCAUAAACUACCUCUUGUAGCGUGGGAUAAUGUUUGUUUGCUUAAGGAUCUAGGGAGUACAGAUUACUUUGAGGUAAUUCAUAGUGGAGAUCUUAAGAUGGCUAAGUCGAAGUCCAUUGAGUUCUUGGAUGUUGAGAAAGAUCUCAAAAUGCAUUAUGCAAAGGUUUUGGGAGAAAGAAUGAUUAUCCUAUCUGAGUCCGAAGAUGAACUUGUUUGGACAAGGAAUAUCUCAGGCAAAUAUAUGGUUAAAGAUGGAUAUAAUUCUCUUAUGUCUGUUAAAGACUCAUCCUCUUGGCCAUAUAAGCUUUUUUGGCAUUCGACCUGUCUAUCGAAAGCUGAGGCUUUUUCCUGGUUCUCUAUUGACGAUGUUCAAGUUUCGUGUAAACCCUUUGGGGAACCAACAAAAUCCACCACUGAAACACAAUCUGCACUAUUGGAACUACUUCUGGUAACAAUCCGUAAUACAAAACUCACACAAUAA